CUUUUUCCUUUCUAUGGUUCCUGACAACGCAGUAUUGGUCAAGCAAGGAGCCGAGGCUCGCGUCUUUUAUUUAUCUACUUUUCUUACACAACCCAACGGCUGUAUUGCCAAAGAGCGCUUUAAAAAAACAUACCGUCACCCUGAUCUCGACCAGUUUUUGACUUCAAGACGUGUUACUCAAGAAGCGCGUUGCUUACAUAAAUGCAAGACAGCAGGUAUGGAUACGCCUACUGUUUAUUUUGUUGAUGUACCUGCUGCAACAAUUUAUAUGGAGAAUAUUGUGGGUAUUACUGUCAAACAAAAAUUGCUCGAAAACCAAGAGAGUGACUAUAGAGAUGUAGAUACAGAUACUUUGGCUGAACGUAUUGGCGUAUCCCUAGCUAAAAUGCAUAGCAUUAAUAUUGUUCAUGGCGACUUAACUACUUCAAAUUUAAUGUUGAGAGAAAACAGUGAUUUAGUGGCUAUCAUUGAUUUUGGACUAAGCUCUACUUCUACAUUGAUUGAAGAUAAAGCAGUAGAUCUUUAUGUGCUUGAAAGAGCAUUUGCUAGUACACAUCCUCAAACAGAAGCCUUGUUCGAAAAGAUUCUUGAGCAUUAUUUCAAAAAUUCAAAACAAAGCAAGCAAAUUUAUACUAAAUUAGAAGACGUGAGAAUGAGAGGUCGUAAGAGAAGCAUGGUUGGAUAAAGAAAAACUUGCAUGAAUAAAAGUACUAUUUGAGUGUCGGUAGCUUUUGCGUUAAAAUGAUUAUCUGCUAAUACGAUACAGCCCAUCGUUUGAACAAUACUUGAUAUAUCAAAAAAAAAAGAAAAAAAAGCAUUGGUCAUAACUAUAUACAAU